CAUGUUGUAAACAAUGAGACUCUUCCAGACCGUCUCCAGCUUUGUGUCUCUCCAACAGUUUACCAGUGCAAAACUAACAACGUGUUCUCAAUCCUCCGCGUAUAUUAAAUAAACAUGUUCUUCGGGAGCUGAAGCAUGGAGGCAGUUCUGAGCAGGCUGCGGGGGCUGAGUUCUGAUGAACUGCGGGAGGAGUUUGCUCGAGCAGACGUCAAGUGCGGCCCCAUCACAGCGACCACCCGAGCAACCUUUGAGAGGAAGUUAGCCCGAGUCCUGGCCGGGCCAGAGAGCAGUACCCCUGAAUCAGAGAACAGCUCUUCAGCAGACGUCUCCGGCAGUGCCGCCUGCGUCGCAGAACAUGCCAGAGCUACGUCAUGUGCAGCGGCAGUUCCAACCACCUCGGCUGCAACAAGCAGCAAGCGCUCUGAGACUGCCAGUGAAGAGUUAGACUUUGGGUACGGUGUGGGUCUGAACCCUCCAGAGGAGGAAGAAAUCACGGUUAAAGGCAGUAACUCUCAGUCCAAAACAGAAACACCUUCAAAACCAGCACAAGUGUCCCCAACUUUUUACUAUGGAGUGUGUCCGCUGUGGGAAGACGUUCUGGCCAGAAACGAAAGAGCACACGUGUACGCAGAUAAGAAAGAUGCCCUUCAAGCAGUGAAGAUGAUGAAGGGAGCCCGCUUCAAGGCCUUUCCCAACCGUGAGGAUGCUGAGAAGUUUGCUAAGGGUAUCUGUGACUAUUUCCCCUCUCCAAACAAAUCUGCACCCUGUGUCUCUCCAGUCAAACCUGGCCUGGUCCUUAGUAAAGACAACAUGGAGGUUGAUACCAUCAACCGGGAGAGAGCGAACAGCUUCAAGAGCCCGCGCACCCAGGACCUGACUGCCAAACUGAGGAAAGCUGUGGAAAAGGGAGACGAGGUGGCCUUCAGCGAGCUGGUGUGGAGCAAUCCACGAUAUCUCAUCGGCUCAGGGGAUAAUCCCACUAUAGUGCAGGAGGGCUGCAGGUACAACGUCAUGCAUGUGGCAGCAAAGGAGAACCAGGCAGGAAUUGCUCAGCUGCUGCUGGACAUCUUAGAAAACCCAGAAUUCAUGCGCCUCAUGUACCCAGAUGACCAGGAAGUCAUGCUGCAGAAACGUAUCCACUACAUUGUAGAUCUAUACCUCAACACCCCAGAUAAGGCUGGCUUUGAAACACCGCUCCACUUUGCCUGUAAGUUUGGAUGUCCAGAAGUGGUCAAUGUCCUGUGCUCGCAUCCUGACAUCGCUAAGAACUGCAAGAACAAAGAUGGCCAGAAGCCUUGUGAUCUUAUUUGUAGCAGGAAAAACAAAACUCAAGAAGUGAGGCAGAAGAUAUGUGACUAUUUGGAGGACCGCUGCUACAUCCCUUUACUGAGAGCCACAGACAACACCUCUCAGCCCGUCAUCGGUGCUCUGUGGUCACCUGAGUCCUCAGAAAGUGUCUCACAUAUGCAGUGGCAUUCAAGAAGCCCCAAGGAUCCACUGAUGACCGUCACAGCCUUUGCGGGCCCGCUGAGCCCCUCUAAAGCGGAUGAUUUCCGUCGGUCCUGGAAGACUCCGCCCAGAGACCGGGCCGAGCUUUUCCACCACAUCUUCAAGUCGGAUCCUGACCGUGGGGCAGAGAGAGUGGGCAGAGAUCUGGCUCAUGGGAUGGGCCACCCAUGGUCAGAGUACUGGGACUUCCUGGACAGUUUUGUUGAUCUGUCAUCAGCUGAGGGGCUCCGCAAACUGGAAGAGUACCUGAGCAAAAGAGACUUCAGCCCACGAGCUCAAGAAGAGACCGGGGAGAAUGAGACCAGCAACAGGUUCAGAACCCCCUCUCCAGGCAAGCCGAAAAAGUUCUGCAACUCCAUCUCUGUGGGUGCCUUCCUAGAUGAGGGUGAUGACAUCAGCCUUGAAGAGAUGAAGAACAGGCAGAAUGCAGCUCUCACCAGCAUCACCUCCUCAGCUGCAUCCAAGGACGGUCUAAAGGGAGCAGUGGGCGGCCAUGAGUUUCACAUCCUGCCCAUCGCGCUGCACCACCGCGGAGCCGACCUGAUCGAGACAGCAGCCGAGCAGGACCUGCUAUGCUGCUGCGACGACGGCCUCCUGUCGCCUGGUGUCGUCUGCAAAAACGGGUUGUGCUCCUCCUCCAGAGAUAGGACUCACAAUGGAGACAAGGUGACUCCCCGCACUUCCCCAUCCUCCUCCUGCCUGCUGUCGCCCAUCUCCAACCUCAUGGUGGAGUUUGAGCGCAUGUCCCUGCAAGAACCUGUAGAUAGCCACACCAGCUGCAGAGAAAGGAGGAGCAGUGGUGGGAACCGGCACCGGGAUGUCCAGGACCCCUUCAGCUCCUCCUCCAACACAGACCUGAGCUCCGGGCUGAACCGCCUUUCUCUAGGUCACAGCAGUCAAGAUGGAGAGGGCGUAGAAAUGCCAGGCUGGAGAACGGAUGGAGGAGAGACGGAGGGAAGGCGCAGCAGCGGCAGCUCAGAGGAGUACUUUGAAGCAGAGGAGAACCUGGAGGUGCUGGGCAGGACUAGGGGGUCAAUAUCAGGGGGGCGCAACUUCUGUGCCAGGUCCAAGUCAUGGGACCAUGGAGGGAGGGACCUGAGCAGCUCAGGAUCCUCUGGGUCAUCCUAUAAGUCCUUGGAUAACUCCAACGAGUUCCUCCCAAGGACCCCACCGCACAUUAGAAGAGGACUUUUUAUUGACGGGGAUUCACCAACCAAGUUGGACCGAGAGGUCUUGUCGGCCAUAGAAGAUGUUGACAUCGACACUCAGAAGUAUCCCAGCAUUCAGAAGUGGAAGAGCACAAUAAAGUCGUUCCCUGCAUCAGACAUGCAGAGCUGGCCCAGCCCUGCGGUGGUAAAACCACGACUCAGGAUGCAGCAUCAGACUCCCGGUUCGCCGGUCAGCGGCAUGAUGUCUCCCACCGGUCGCUUCAGCCCUGCCCGGCACGCCGCCUCACCAGAUUUCAGCCCCAGCCGUUACAGCCCUGCCAAUGCUAGCUACAUCCAGCGCAUCCGCCUCAAGCACUUAAAUGAGCCACCGGUCUAACUGCCGACUUCUGACCCCCCCCCCCCACCAAUAUGGCCAUACCCUCUCCUGACCCCUCCCUCCCCUCUCCACUUGAAACCCAGCUGCACCCAGGUGUCUGCACCAGAGCUCAGAAACCACAUACCUAACAGAAAUAUGCACAACUGUCUGGAAGAUUUGUAUUAAUGUACGGUACUACUCCUCUGUAAUACAGGAAUCCUCAUCACGUUGGGUUGUGAUGUACACUCAAGACUUUAAAAAGGAAAAAAAAGAAACCGUGGUAAUUUAUGUACUGUAUGGGUGUGGACCAUGUUGAAUUGACGGUAAUGUUAUUUGUGGCCAGUGUGAAGCACCUGUAUCAUAGCCUGAGUCAACUUUUUUGAAUAUUGUGAAAACAAGCCGCACUCCCCAAAGUUAGCUCAUCACAAAAAGCUUAGUGUGGAAACCUCAAAAGGAUUCUGUUACUAAAGAUGUUCUUAAAAAAAAGUCAAAUGUCAAUAUUUUAAAAGUUAUUUUUUGUAUGUUGGUCAGUAGCACAAAAAUGUAAUGUUUUUAUUAACGGUGUUAAAACCGACUGCCAUUUCCUAUGUUUUCCUCAGUUCAGGAAUUGCCUUAAUUUUCUGAAGUGAUGGACCAGUUCUCUGUCAGUGUGGACUCUCUCUAGCUCAAACACAAAUAUCUGGAAAUGUCGACCUCACUGGCCGCGUCGUCGCUCAGAGGAUUAUGGCAGGCAUGGUUCAAAUACGACUGAGAGCUUCCAUGAUUUUAUUUUGAUCUCUAAUAAAUACAUGCAUACAUUUUCCAUUU